GCCCAGCAGCAGACCGAGCGCACGCACCGCCUCCAGGAGACGGAGGAGGCGCUGCGCCGCGAGCUGGCCGACGCUCAGAAGAAGGCCGACCAGCAGGAGGCGACGAUCUCGUCCCUGAAGGACCUCUGCUCCACGCUGGACACGCAGCUGACCGACAUGGAGCAGCUGCUGAAGAAGCAGGAGGCCGACACAGAUAAGCAGGAGCAGAACAAGUCGGCCCUGUCGGACGAGAUCGCGCGCCUGCAGACCGAGCUUCGCUCCGCCAAGGCGGGCGCCAACGAGGAGAAGUCGCUGAAGCUGUUCCAGGAGCGGCGCGUCCAGGACCUGGAGCGCCGCCUGCAGGAGCAGGAGGCCGACGUCGAGACCGAGCGUGACAUCCUGAAGAAGGACCUGGACGAGUACCGCGAGCUGUCACACGGUCUCACCAACCAGCUGUCGCAGCACGACCAGCAGCUGUCGGAGGCGCAGACGCAGCUGCGCCAGCUGGAGCGGCGCGAGGAGCAGACGCUGCGCGAGAUGGCCCGGCUCAAGGAGGAGACGUCCGGCCUGCUCACGCAGAUCCACUCGCUCAAGGACUCCAACUUCCAGCUGACCGAGGCGCUCGAGAAGGCCGUCGACCGCGCCGAGGCCUUCAAGGAGAGGAUCGCCGAGCUGGAGGGCGUCAUCUCGGAGAUGCAGCUGAGCUACGACGAGAAGGAGCAGCGGCUGGAGGGCACGCUCGGUCAGCAGACCAAGCUGAUCGACUUCCUGCAGGCCAAGUCGGAGGCGCCGCCGCGCAAGAAGACGCUGGCCGACCGGCUGUUCGGUGAGAAACAGAAGGAGAACUGCACGCCCGUGCCGCUGAAAUACCGUGACCUGGAGCGGCUGUUGGAGCGAGAGCGCAUGCGCACCAAACAGGCCAACGACCAGCUGAACCGGGCCAGGGCCGAGAUCGUGUCCCUUACCAACAAAGUGCCCACCUGUCCGGACACGCCGUGCCUGGGCGGCACGCCGCAGUCGCGCCAGGCGCUUCGUCUGCUGGCGCAGUCGCCGGGGGUGCAGACCACGCCCACGCCCACGCCGCAGCGCAUGCACCAUAACAUCCCGCACCGGUUCGACACGGGCCUGAUGACGCGGGCCGCCAAGUGCGCCGCCUGCCUGGGCCCGGUGCGCUUCGGACGCACGGCCGCUCGCUGCGCCGAGUGUCACAUCACUGCCCACCCCAAGUGCGCCGGCGAGCUGCCGCGCACCUGCGGCCUGCCGGCGGCACUGGCGCGGCACUUCUCCGACUCGUGGCAGCAGUCGGACGCCUCGCCGGCCGUGCGCCGUGUCGCCGGGCCACCCAAGCCGCCCCGACAGCCCUCCGAGGACACGCCCACCGCCGGCCGCGGCUGGAUCCGGGUGCCCAGGCCCGGAAAGGCCGGCUGGGAGCGUCGCUUCCUGCGCGUGGAGGAGGGCCAGCUGACGCUGUACGCCGAGGAGCCGUCACCGGGCGGGCCGGCGCCGGCGCCGCUGCAGACCAUCGACCUCCGCUCGGGCCACGUGCACGUGGACGCCGACGUGGCGUACUCCGAGGUGCCGCAGCUGGCCCGCCGCGACCUGCCUUACGUGUUCAAGGUGGGCAUCGUGCAGGAGACGACCUGCUGGCCGGCCAAGUCGUACCAGUUCCUGUGCAGCAGCCUGCCGGAGAAGCAGCAGUGGGUGGGCCUGCUGGAGUCGCUGCUGAUGCUACUCGGCACGGAGGACGGCCUGUACUCGCUGUCGCUCACCGACGGCCGCACGGAGCGACGCAUCAAGGUGGACGGCUUCCCGCCUGUGCUCAUGAUGAGGGCCGUGCCCGAGGUUGACCAGCUGGUCUUCAUCGCAGCGGCCUCGGUGUCGGCCGCCCGACUGGACGCCUGGCGACUGGAGGGCCUGCAGAGCUGCCACCUACUGGCCGCCGGCGCCACCGGCGACAAGCAGGCGUUCGUGUGCGCCGCCUCCUCCAACCGCGUCUGCCUAUUCCGCUGGAGUUACGACCUGACCACCUACCAGCUGGUAAAGCAGUUCAGCACGCAGGAACCGGCCACCUGCCUGCACUUCACCUCCAGCUCCAUCAUCAUCGGCACCGACCGCUUCUUUGAGGUCGACCUCUGCAACUUUGCCAUUGAAGAGUUCCUGGACUCGUCGGACGCCAGCCUGGCGUACAUCGUGUACGGCACCAGCCAGAUGCGCUCGUUCCCGGUGGCGAUCCUGGCCGUCUCCGAGAAGGAGUACCUGCUCUGCUACCACGAGCUGGGCGUGUUCGUCGACCAGUUCGGCUCGCGCUCACGCAAGCAGGACAUCAAGUGGACCCGCCUGCCGUUGGCCUUCGGUGAGCUCACGGGCGGUGGCUCCGCUGGAGCAGACAGCUGA